UCACUUGACCGGAUUUGUUUGUGGGCUGAUUUAUGUCACUAUAAGGCAACCGAUUUGCAAAAAAACUCUGGGUAAUAUAAACAAUUUAAAGCUUGCGUAAGUAAACAUGUCAGAAGAAGGAGAAAUUUCUAACGAAGAGGAUUCUGUCGGAGCAUCAGCAGUUAGUUUUCAAGAGACCCGAUACAGGCCACGCCCUCUGACUGCCAAUAGCAGUGAUGAUGAUAACAGUGAUAAUGAUCAGGAUGAAGGAUCCCCAUCGUGGAGACAGCUGCAGAAAACAAGAAAACCAACCAUUUCAGCCAUGGAGAUGAACACAGCGGACAGUGAGGGACUAUCAUCAUCUGCAAGUGCUGGGCAGAGAAAAAGAAAGAACAACAUCUGGGGGUCUGUGCUUCAAGAGCAGGACCUUACGCAGACAUUGAUGAAGAGUGGGGCUGUGCAUAAAUCUGAAGAAGUUGAUUAUUCCGCGAGGGAUGUGGAGAGCUAUGACUUUACAAAGAAGUAUGAAGAUAACAGGCCAGAUUUAGAUGAUGACGAUAUAGAAGCAGCUAAAGCAAGCACGGAUGCGUUGAAGAGCUUUCCUUAUGUUCCUCAUGUAACGUCAGGGAGAGCUAUCAUAGACUAUGAGGAUACUGUGCUUCAGACAGCCUCUGGUGAUCGCAGGGGGAAGAAACGCAAGGCUGACAGUCAGUCGGACCGGUUUGAGAGAAAGACGGGUGGGGUGCAUGACCGGUUGGGCGUUAAGAAGGUCACUACUAUGAAACUUGGAGAAAUCAACUUGUCUGAAGAUAUGGAAGGCAAAGAACUUGCUCAGAAAAUUGCUGAUUUUAUUCAUGAACCAAAGGUCGAGCUAAUUGAGCGUGUUGUGGAGCAUAUGGGGAAGUCAGCUGCCCUGAGAAUACUACAGCAGACCAAAGACACGGAGGAAAGUGGCGGCAUGUACACUAAUGAUGGCAGUCGUAGACGAACUCCAGGUGGGGUGUAUCUUCAGUUAAUCAAACAGCAGCCGGAGUUCACUGAGGUUCGCAAGCUUAUCUUUGUAGAGGACUGGCAGGACAAAGUCAACAAAAAGAAACAGCAACGUAAAAUGAAAAAGGCUAAAGAAAGAGAACAGAAAAUGAAAAUAGAAAAUAUUCAAGGUCAGAAUAUUGCUGAGCCAAGGUCAAGAUCUGUAUCAAAUCACAGGUCAAGGUCAGGUUCAAAUGAAAGGUCAAUUUCAAAUUCAAGAUCACACUCUGGGUCAAAAUCUAGGUCAAGGUCAAGAGAAUUUAAGGGUAUUAAAGACGAGGAAGGAAUGAUAGAAGCACAAAAUGAAAAUAAACAACGAGGAAGCAGACGAAAUCGAUCCAGAAACAGAAGGCAUAGAAAAAAGCACUACAAUGACUUUGAUAAGUUGGAUGAAUCUAAUAGUGACAGUGAAGGUGAUGGUAAUUCAAAUGCUCAAGGUAACACAUUUAACUUUGAAGAUGAGCUAGAAGCAGCGCGGAAGAGAAUUCUGGAACAGAAGAACAAGGCGAAGCAAGAUGAGAUAGAUAUGGAGAAAACUGUUGCAGAUCAAGCGGAUGGGGACAACAACAUUGCUGGAAUAGGGGACCUGGAUGAAGAAGAGGCUAACAUUGUAGACAUUCCCUUAGAAAUGGAAUGAGUCCAUAUAUAUGAGCCUUGUUCAUGAAACAUGGGGCUUAAUGUAUGUAAGUGUCAUCCCAGAUUAGGCUGUGUACUCAGCACAUGCUAAUCUGGAACAAUACUUUUUGCCAACAUUUGAUUUUCAUUAAGAAGAAAUUUCCUUUAAACAAGACAUACAAUAAAGGCAGAAAGUGUCAAAAAAAGUGUCGUUCCUGAUAAGCAUGUGCAGGCUGUACAAGUAAAACUGGAACUAAACUAUGCAUUAUGCAUUAAGCCCAGUUUAACCAGAACAAGUCUCAUUUUACCGGGAACUGCCAACUGCAAUAGAGUUUGCAUGCAUUUUUAAAUUGCCAGAAUUCUAAUGAUAAUGAAUUAUCUACAAAUAUUUAGGGAUUUUCUGUUGAAACAUAGUAUGACAAAUUGAUUUUUUUAGCUUAUAUGGCAUGAAAAGCUUGUUCAAAUGUAUUAGAAAAAGUCAAUCGUUGUUGUGCAAUGUAAAUUAUUAAACAGGUUCAUUUCUCUGUUUUCUUAACAAACCUGUAACCCCCAACACAAAAUAUACUCAAUUGUUGUUAACAGUACAUGUCAUGUCACUUUAAUAAGUGUUUAUUGCCAACAUUUAAACAGCAAUAGUGUUUGAAAUUGAAUUGUCUUGUAACAUUAUUGUACACUUAAUUGUUGUUCCUUCUUGUUUAUGUUCAAUUGGUUUUGUGAACCAUUAUUAAAUAUCUGUUUAAUGACUGUUGUUAUAAAUAAUUGGAGAAAUUUGUA